CACACAUACAAGUGUAGUCUUAUUGGACAUUGACAUUGUUCAGCUUCAUCAUGGCUGGACACCUGCUGUUAGUCGUCCUCAUGUAUUCCUUUUCUGAGAUGAAAGCACAAGCUCUUCUUCCACCUAAGCUGACAGUGAAUCCAGCAGUGAUCACACAGACAGAAACAGUCACACUGAACUGUCAGACUCCAUCACAUCUUAAUUUGUCUGAGUGUUAUUUUCGAAUGGUAAGAGGACAAACUGGCAAAAGCUUCCCUUGCCUGCAGACCCUGACGGGAACUGAGCUGCUGAAGAUGGCCAAUCAGAGUUCACCUGCUGAGGUUCAAGUGACAUGUUUUUACCUUUACGUGUCUCAAUCUCCCGACAGUGAUCCAUCCUCCAUCAUCAUUCGAACUCUUCUUCCAUCUAAACUGACAGUGAAUCCAGCAGCGAUCAACGAGACCGACUCAGUCACCCUGAACUGUCAGACUCCUUCAUCUGUUUCUGUGUCUCUGUGUUAUUUCUUCACUCUAAGUGGAGGGAGUGUCAGAGGACUCUCAUGUCUGCAGACCCUGACAGGAACUGAGCUGCUGAACAUGGCCCAUCACAGUUUACCCGCUGAGGUUCAAGUGACAUGUUUCUACACUGUAAAGGUUGGAGAGAAAAGUUAUCCAUCACCACACAGUGACACGUCGUCCAUCACCAUACACACCCCGAAUCCCCCGAUGAUCGAACAUUUAAACAAGCAGAACACAAGGAUACAAUCGUGGCAGAGGAUCGAUCAAGGUGAUUGA